GUUCUGUCACCAACUCGCAGCAUUCAUCUCUCUCUCUCUCCUCAUCGCUCUGAACUAACUAUCUCCUCCCUCUCUCUCUCUCUCUCACUCCUCUUCUUCAGCCCGUCGUCGUCAGCAGUGGUGCGCUGACACUUCACCAACAUGGGCGUUCACCUACACCACCACCACCACGAUGACGAGGACACCGAGCACGAACACCACCACUCCAUAGCCUCGUUGCGUUCCAAGUUCGAGAGCCUCGCUCAAGGUCAUCACAGCAUACGCCCGUCUGUGCGACCAAACAGUCCAGGCAAUGGCUCUUCGGCCGCAGCGUCCCCAGUCCCAAGCUCGGCCCCGCCUAGUAGGCCGACAACAUCGGCCUCGUCCUCAACAGGCGUAAGUGCGCCAACAGAUUGAGCACUACGUCAGUUAGCUGAUUACCAGAGCCUUCCUGAUGUUGUGAAGCGAGCACCGCCGUCCUC